UGACAGAUACCAUGAGAUAGCUAACCGAGGAAAGUGGUAUGGGCGAGAUUCGUAUUAACCAUGACCCAAGACCGAGAAGUCAAUGAUUGGUCGUGCCAAGCGCUAACUCAUUGCAGUAGGGCUACGAGAUAUCAAGAUCUUGAUCUUCACUCUGACCGCUUAAUGGGGGGCCCUCCAACAAUGACCCACCGAUCCGGAUCCAUCAUCUCCAUCUCUUUUCUUCUUUACUCUUCAUCAUAUCCUAACAUAGUUGUCGUGUGUGGACAUCAUGUCUGACAACAAGGCCUUCGAGGUCAACGAGAAGUCCACCUCACCUACAACUGAGGUUCAGGGCAGGGACGAGGACAUCUACCGUGCGAAUACUGAGAACGGUUUCAUACACGGCCAAGUUCACAAUGCCGAUCAGCUGCAGAGGCACUUGGGUAACCGUCAGGUCCAGUUGAUCGCCAUUGGUGGCUCGAUUGGUACCGCUACCUUCGUCUCGAUUGCCAACGGUCUGGUCAAGGGUGGUCCGGGAAGCUUGCUCCUCGCCUACACCAUCUACUCUUGCAUGCUUGGUCUUGUCAACAACUCCAUGGCGGAGAUGGCUUCGUUCAUGCCUGUCACCGGUGGCUUCAUUCGUAUGGCUGGACACUGGGUAGACCCUGCGAUGGGCUUCUGGGCUGGUUGGAACUUCUUUUUCUACGAGGCAAUUCUGAUCCCCUUCGAAAUCUCGGCAUUGAACCUUGUGCUCAAGUUCUGGAGCGACGACAUUCCAGUCGCCGCCGUCGUCGCUAUCUGUGUAGUCUUGUACUUCGCUACCAAUGCAUUCGUAGUCAAGGCAUAUGGAGAGGCUGAGUUCUGGCUUGCUCUCGGAAAGGUCUUCCUCAUCUUGAUCGUCUUCUCCUUCACCUUCAUCACGAUGGUCGGCGGCAACCCCAUCAAGGACGCAUACGGUUUCCGCUACUGGAACAAUCCAGGCGCCUUUGCCGAAUACAACACCACCGGCGACCUUGGCCGAUUCGAGGGGUUUCUUGGGUGCUUGUGGAGCGCUGCCUUCACCGUUGUCGGCCCCGAGUACUUGUCCAUGCUUUCCGGUGAGGUCAAGCUUCCCAGAACCUACCUCAAGAAUGCCUUCAAGGUCACCUACGCCCGUUUCGCCUUCUUCUUCAUCGGUAGUGCGCUCUGCGUCGGAAUCGUCAUUCCCUACAACGAGAAGACUCUUCUAGACAUCAUGUCUGGCGCCUCUGGGGGUGCUGGAACUGCCGCUGCGUCGCCCUACGUCAUUUCCAUGAGGAACCUGCGCAUUAGCGGUCUUCCCCAUCUCACCAACGCACUUCUGUGCACAUCCAUUUUCUCCGCCGGAAACGCCUACACUUACUACGGAACCCGUUCGCUGUACGGUCUUGCCCUCGAGGGCCAGGCUCCCAAGUUCCUGAAGAAGUGCACCAAGAAGGGUGUGCCAUUCUACUGCCUGCUCGUCACCAUCUGCUUCCCCUUCCUCGGUUUUCUGAACGUCGAUUCUGGAUCCGCCAAGGUGCUCACCUGGUUCAUCAACAUUAUCACUGGUGCCCAAAUCAUCAACUACAUCGUUAUCUGCAUCACAUACCUGUUCUUCUACCGAGCCGUUAAGGCCCAGGGUGUUGACCGCAAGGCCAUGCCUUACUACGGAUGGUUCCAGCCCUACGGCACCUGGAUCAGCAUGAUCUUCUUGAUCCUCAUUCUGGGCUGCUACGGAUACGGCACCUUCCUUCCCGGCAACUUCACCAUUGACGGCCUAUUCACAUACUACAUGAUGGUUUUCGUUGCACCUGUUCUCUUCUUCGGCUGGAAGUUCCUCAAGCGCACCAAGAUGGUCAAGGCCCAGGAGGCUGAUUUGGUAUGGGAGAGGGCGUACAUCGAUGCUUACGAGGCUUCGUUCGCUGAGGAGACUAAGGGCUUCUGGCAGGAGAUCCUUGAGAUGCUGAUGUGCGGCAUGAAGGAUCGUAAGAAGCACAGGCAGUACGCUUAGGCGAAGCGUGCUAGUCGUUCGGUGGCGAGGAGCUGGGUACCUCCAGGGGAG